ACAACACCUCCAGCAUCAUGGCGGAACUGGGGAUGUCUACAGGUGAUCUCGUAAACAAUGCAAAACCUGCUCGGGCUACGCAAUACAUCGCUGCUCUGUCAGCAACGAUGGGAGCCCUCUGCUUCGGCGCAGCACUCGGUUACUCCUCCCCGGCGGGCAUCUUACUGACCAGCAACUCCACCGACAGUUCCCUGCAGCUGAGCACCGUCGAAAACAGCUGGUUCUCCUCGUCAGUCAACCUCGGGGCCCUCGUGGGAGGUCCCAUCGGCGGCCUUUGCAUCAACGCCAUCGGCCGGAGGGGAACCAUGCUCGCCCUCUUCCCGUUUUUCUUGGGGUCUUGGGCGCUCAUCGCUUUCGCUCAAAACUUCGCCAUGCUCCUGGUGGGUCGCCUCAUCGUUGGACUGUGCACGGGCGUGAUGUGCAUUGCAGCUCCCACGUACAUCGGGGAGUUCGCCUCUGCUGACAUCAGGGGAAUGUUAGGCGCAGGAUUCCAGCUGAUGGUCGUGAUUGGCAUUCUCUACGCAUACAUCUUCGGUGCCUUUAUAGACAGCUGGCAAAUACUGGCAGUUGUAUGCGCUGUACCGACGUUAAUUUUCUGCGGGUUAAUGGUCUUUUCUAAGGAGUCCCCAAGUUACCUGCUCUCUAAAGGGAAGGAUAAGGAGGCCCAGGAAUCUAUGCGAUACUUCAGAGGAUCUGAGUACAACAUCGAGCCGGAGAUGCAGAUGCUGAAACAGAGCCUCGAUGACUCCAAAGCGAACAAGGCUUCUUUCUCAGACCUCAAGCAGUCGUAUAUCUUGAAGCCUCUUCUUAUCGCCGUUGCACUGAUGUUGUUCCAGCAGCUCUCGGGGAUCAACGCUGUUAUCUUUAACUUGAAGACUAUCUUUGCGGACUCAGGAACAGACCUCUCCGAUGACGUCAGCUCCAUCAUCAUCGGUGUAGUUCAGGUCCUGGCCACCGCUCUCGCUAGUGUGCUUAUGGACAAAGCUGGCAGGAAAUUCCUUCUGAUCAUAUCUGCGGCAGCCAUGACAGUUUCUCUCGUCAGUCUUGGAGUUUUCUUCUACCUGAAAGACAACGGUGACGUCAGCGCCCUAGGAUGGCUUCCUAUUACGUCACUAAUUGUCUUCAUUGCGGCAUUCAGUAUCGGCUACGGACCUAUUCCUUGGCUCAUGAUGAGUGAACUUUUCUCGGCCAACGUUCGUGAAGCAGCCAGUAGUUUGAGUACAAUGACAAAUUGGACAAUGGCCUUUAUUGUCACGUACUUUUUUGAGAGUAUCCAGGAUGCCAUCCACGAAUACGGCGUGUACUGGCUCUUCGGUGGCGUCUGCGCCGUCAACUUGGUCUUCUGCGUCCUGGUGGUGCCGGAGACGAAGGGAAAGACCCUGCAGGAGAUCACGGCGUUCUUUGGGGGACCUGCCACGUCCCCAACGCCCGCCAGACCUUCAUCGUCUUCGUCAGUGUCCGAGAAACAGAGAUGGUAGAGCUUCAUCGAAGAAAAGUUUGGUAAUUGGAUGGCUACAAAAAAGGGUCUACUAGUCAAAGAUGGUUGAAGGAUCUGCUCGUGAUGGAUCGUUGGAGGAUCUUCUGGUCAUGGAAUGCUCAAGGAUCUUCAAGAGUCCGAAAACAGAUCCCUGGGUCCGAAGGCCAUCGCCGAGACGUGAGAUGGAAGAGUCCUUGGGAAACGGAAGGCAUUUGGAAGCGUUUUUUUUCCCCAAGCAUGAAAAGCACGGAUGGAAUGGCCUUUCAAGAUCAACAGGAAAUCGAUCAACUUUUGACAUUUCUUCCCUUGUUUCAUAGCAAAUAAAUGAAAUCAAUCCUCUACAAUACGAAAGCCAAAGAUCCAGCAAAUACCAGCAGUGUGGCUUUGGCAAAGAGAGGAGAGGAGAGUGCAUGAAGACCAUAUCCUAAACGACCCAUGUUUUCUGUCAAAGUCUAACUGCUAGCAACACUAGUUUUGAUUUAUGAAUGGAAUAUAGAUAUCUAAAUGCUAUUAAACCAAUGUGUUAUGCAUGGAAUGAACAAGGUAUUGCAAUAUAGAGAAAUAUAAUAUUAUUAACAUAUAUCGCCCUGUUCACUAUGCAGGCAAUUCUAGGCGACUGAUACUUUAACCUUCACCAUUUUCUAUACCAUACAUCACAUCACUUCAUCUGUAAUACAUCUUACCUUAUUCAUAUUUAUGUACCUAUUCUCCCCACCACUUUUUUUUUUCUUUAAUUGCCUACGUCCACGCUGAAACUUCACAAAUUCAUUAUCCACAAAUGUCUCACCAUUUUAGAGGUAGAAAUUUUCUCCACUUGUGAAUGUCUGUUAAGGAGGACAGCCGUUGUAUUGACGCUCCCGUUUUCUGUUUUAGACGGCAAGAGAUGCUGACUGAGUUUCUUAGGUAGUUAAGUUGUGUAAUAAAUAAUAUUGUUGAA